CAAGGUACAUGCUGCCCGUCCGAAUCGCUUUUCUUAACGAUUAAGAAGGACGGUUUGGCCGAAAACGAAAUUAGCUUGAGAAAGAGACCGAAGAAGUUGUCAGGGGGCGUAAGCUAAAUCUCUGCUUCCUUCUCGCGAAGUGGCUCUGAUGUAUUCAACUGAUAUAUUCAACUUUCUGUGAACCCACCAGGCAGCCUCGAAAGAGCUCCGUUGUAAUUGCAGCUAGUCCAAGAGUGCUCGGGAGGCACUGGGCAUCAGGCUAUGUUAUUUUACGUUUUGCUAUUUCAGCUGCUUAGAAAUUUGUCUGCAUUUCCUCACUGCUCAAUACAAAUCAAGGAAUCAAAGGGUGCAAUAGAAGAAGUAUUCAUCCUUGCAGAGAAAUCUAAUUUAUUCAUUGGACGGCGUCUUCAAUACAACCGAUUUGACUUUGAACUAAUAACUCAAGGAGAUCUUGAAAGAGAAUGUUAUGAAGAGCAAUGCAAUUUUGAGGAAGCAAGGGAAAUUUUUGGAGAUUCAAGAAAGACAAUGUCUUUUUGGAAUGAAUAUACUCUUAGGGGUCCUGGCUCAAAAACAGGUGGCAAAGCAGCAGAGAAGAUUGACGUUAUAGGACUUUUGACUGGACUGAUUGCAAUUGGAGUACUAUUGAUUAUACUUGGAUUGCUUAUUUAUUACCUGUGCCAAAAAAAAUGCAAACCAAGGUUACCAGGGCACAGAAGCAGCAGGAGGCAUAAUUGUUCCAUCAUCUUCCAAAGGCAAGAAGAGUUUGCUUUAAAUCCUGUUCCUCCUUGUAGUACAGGACAGAUAGGAUUGCCAACUUAUGAUCAAGCAAUGGCAUUAAGAGAAAAUCAUGAUUCUCCACCCCCACCAUAUCCUGGACGUUCAGGAAAGUUCAAAGUGUUCAAAAAGUCUCUCUCACUUCCAGGUCCUUAAUGAACAAACAUGACCUUUGUUGAAACUGUUGAGAAUUAGUCUUAAUAAAAGACGUGCAGCUGAAAUGCUACAGUAUAGCAUUCUAAGACAGUGAAAAGAAUAUCUGAAGAUGCCUAUGAUGGACUAAAUGGUGUCAGGUAACAAGGAACCCAUUUCUCCAAUGUUCUGAUAAUUAAGGAUGAAAGACUCUUUUUAUGAUAUUUCCAUUUAUAUGUGAAAACCUAUACUGAACUUGGCUCCUGUGCAUUUUGAGCCACUGAGUAAACUGAUGUGCAGUUUUUCCUGUUUCUUAUAACAGAAAAGUUUUAUUUCCAAUUCUAAAAAUUGCACUAGUUUUCUAUUUUAAAGGAAAAAAUAUUUUUCUUUUGAAUUUUCUCUCAUGAUAAAAAUGUGCUUGUGUCAGUUUUUGAUUCCUGGUGAUCGCCUGAUCUAGUCCUUACAGUUGUUGGUAAUAAUGUUGGCAGAAGUGCUUUGCCAUGGCUGCCUUUCUAGGGCUAAGAGAAAGUGACUGGCCCUAUUUCACCUUUGUGCCUACGGCAGGAUUAGAACUUAGUCUCCUGGUUUCUGCCCGAUGCCUUAAUCACUACACCAAACUGGCUCUCCUGUGAUAAAAAUGCUAACACAUUAAAAUUUCAAUUAUCUAAUUGAAUAUUUGAUCUAUUUCUUAUAUUAGGAAGAAUAUAUCCAUGUGGGUGUUAUCAAUAAGUUUUUAUAAAUAAAAUAACUAUUUGUACCUAGUCCGUUUUCUUUGUUAAUGCCAAUUAAAUAAUGAAUCUGAAAGAAAAUGUCUGAUAUCUGAAAAACUGCCUUGCUUUAUGAAGCCAAAGAUCAGUUUAGAUGUUAAACAGACUUUCAUGAGAAGCUCACAAACAAGACAUGAUGUAAGAGCUACUCUUUCAUUACUUAUUUGAAGGGCAAU